ACCAAAAUCAACAAGGGUGGGAGAGCACACAAAACAGAUCCCUUGCUUUUGGUACUCGGGAAAAUUCCUCUUCUCCUUCUUCCUCCUCGUCUCUCAACUUCUUUCGGGGUGGACGUUGCUUUCUUCCUUCUUCUACUUCUCUCCUCCCUCUCGAAUAAAAAGUUAAUCUGAAGGUGUCAACAAACACGCGCUCGGAUCUCUCACUAUAUUUGUCGUCGAAGAAGGAACUGGUGAGAAGCAACAGUAUGGUGACAAGUGAUGGAUUGAGUCAUGCGUAGCUCUUAAUGGAGGAAGCGACGGGUGCCCGCAGCCGCAGGGAUAAAAAGGUUGCAAUUUUGCGCAACAAAUUUGGUGCGGUUGUUACGCGCAUGUGAUUAUUGCUGACUCUCCUCUUCUCUUCUUUUACCCUUCUUCUUCCUUCUGGUGUCAAUGGAGUGCCCUGUAUGAAGGGGAAUCGCCGACUCUGGUCCAGUUCCCCGUCUUUCUCUCAUCCGAGACCCUGGAAUUUUGCUUUCCUUAAGAGGUCAAGCCUUAGAUCUGGGAUCAGUAGUUGCAUCCCGUUGUCAGAUCUUUUCGCGAUGCGGCACGGCGAACCCGUGAGAUGCGGCCGGAGGCGACUUCGAGCGUGAUCCACAGGCGGGGGAGGCCAUUCGUUAGAAGUCAGUAGGAUGUGUCACUUUUGAGCCCAGCGUAUAAUAACUUCUGACCGCCACGACGGCCCAGGACAAGGAGUUAAUGGAGGAGAUGCCUCCGGCGGUGGCUUUAUCAUUUAGGACGGCCAAUUCGACCUGUGACAACUCGAUGGAGAUUGCCUGCCUGAAGCUGAUUACCGAGACUGCAGGCCUGCUGCCCAAUCCAAUGGAUGCUGCUGCCACGGGUUUGUCACCUGAGGUCGAGCAAUCUGAGGUGGUGGCCAUGGAAGAGGGAGGGGAUGGGGAUGAUCUGGACGUCCGCAGAGCGGUGGGUAGUUUCCAUGAGGAUUUGGUCUCCAUGGAGCGCAAAUUUUUGGGAGGAAUCGCUUGUUCAGCCGCUACUAGUAUCGGCGGCAGCAGCAGGAGUAUCAACAGCACGGCCGACGAGUUGCUGGAUAUGGAUCUGCCAUCCGAGACAUGCACACCAACUGCCCUUGAGGUGGAGAAGAGUGGUGAGAUCUUAAACGGGCGUCCUGCUUUUGAGUUCGGUGUUAAUGCACUGACAGUAAGCAUGGUCGAUUCUGAUUUUAUAAUACCAGUAACGCCCAUUGUUGAGCUUGCAACUCAGGAAGAUCAGCAAAGUCAGGCAAGCAGCAGCAGCAGCAAGCGAAGUGUGUUCUUGGUGGAUUACUUACCCUUUUGGGGGCAAGUGUCAAUUUGUGGACGAAGGCCAGAGAUGGAAGAUGCUGUUGUGGCAGUGCCUUAUUUUUAUGAAAUCCCCUUGUGGUUGCUCAUCGGUAAUCAAGACAUAGAUGGCCUUGAUUCGAGCUUGAUUCGCUUGCCAGCCCAUUUCUUUGGCGUCUAUGAUGGCCAUGGUGGUUCCCAGGUCGCUGAUUAUUGUCGUGAGCGAAUCCACCAUGUGUUAAUAGAGCAGUUAAGGAAUUGUGCUAGAGAUCUGAGGAGCAAUACUUGUGAUGAUUGGAAGAAGCAGUGGGAGAGAGCCUUCAUUAACUGCUUUCAACAGGUUGAUGAUGAGGUUGGUGGAAAAGUAACUGAAGGGAAUUUGGGAAGCUCAGAUGAUAAAUCCAAGGACGAAAAUUUUUCUGAUGCACCAUUAACACCUAUAGCUCCAGAGACAGUGGGAUCUACAGCAGUAGUUGCUGUUAUCUGUUCAUCACACAUCAUCAUUGCAAACUGUGGGGACUCAAGGGCUGUUCUUUGCCGUGGCAAACAACCUGUGCCUCUGUCAGUUGAUCAUAAACCAAACAGGGAAGAUGAGUAUGCAAGAAUUGAGGCACAGGGAGGCAAGGUCAUACAUUGGAAUGGAUAUCGUGUAUUCGGUGUUCUUGCCAUGUCACGGUCAAUUGGGGACCAUUACUUGAAGCCGUGGAUAAUUCCAGUACCAGAAGUUACAAUUGUUCCACGAUGUAGAGAGGAUGAAUGUCUUAUCCUAGCCAGCGAUGGUUUGUGGGAUGUCAUGUCCAAUGAAGAGGUAUGCGAUAUAGCCCGAAGGCGGAUACUGCUAUGGCACAAAAAGAAUGGUAUUGUAUCAUCACCAGUCAACCAUCGAGGUGAGGAAGCUGAUCCUGCAGCUCAAGCUGCUGCAGAUUUCCUGUCAAAACUUGCCAUCCAAAAGGGAAGCAAGGACAACAUCACAGUCAUUGUGGUAGAUCUAAAAGCACAAAGGAAGUUUAAGGCCAAGUCUUAGGACGGUCAUGGUUAUUCAUCUGGUUAGUAACUUACUAGAGAAUUAUAGCAUUUCAAACUUGGUAAUUCGAUGGCCUUAAGUACAUUGCUUGGCCCAUUUGGUUUUUGUUUUGUGGGCUACAGGGGCUGUACUCUACAUACACUAUAGAAUCUUUAUAGGGCUUAUGUGUUAAUGCAGGUCUCUAGAAUCUUGUAAUUUUAUUUUGUUAAGCCAGGCCAUACGGUUGACAUUGCAAUCGAGCCAAUGUAGCCCUCCAUGUGGCUGCUUUAUGC